AGAUUAAAGUAACAAAAUGCUAACUUUAUUCAUCAUAAUCACAUUAACAAACUUCAAAAUAAUCAGUGGCAACGAUAAUAACGACACCCAAUUUAUUAACUCACUACCCGAAAAAGAAAAGCAGGAAUUCCUUCAAAAGGUAGAGAAAAGGAUACAAAAUGAAGUCCCUGAAGUCAAGACGCCAGAACUGACUGACACGAAUCACACAACUGUGGAAGUUUAUGAAAAACGUUUGGAAGAUCAGGGAAAAUCUAUUCAAAGUAUUUUGAGAUCCGAAAUAGAUAAUCUUAAAAGUCAUCAUAGGCGAAGUUCUAAUGAUACUACUGCAAGAAUUGAGAAUCAACCCCAUGUAGACCUGACCUUACGAAGUAGAGACGACAAAUCAGAGGCGACAAGAAGGAAAAACGAAGAGUCGAAUUCUUCCGAAUCCGAUACACAUAAUAAAGAAAUCACCGAAACAAAGCCACAUUUAGUACCAGUAUACAAUUAUGACCCAGAAAACGCCUAUUAUAAUAACCAAAAAAUUCUAAAAGGAAAAGUUGAACCACAAUCCAUUGUUGAGAUUAAAGAAACACAUUCAACAUCCACCAACCUCGAUGUUUAUUCCACUGACAAUGGAAAGAGUUUGCGAUAUAAGGAUGUUAAAGAAAGAAUCAUAUUAAAUAAUAAAAUCAAACAAAGUUCUGAUUUAGAAGAUGUAAUAUUAAGCGAUAUAUCUGAUGAAUCUUCAGGAGACACCGCCUUUAUCGAAAAACCUUUGAAACAUACUUUGAAGAAGAUAAGAACUAAAUUAUACAAUAAGAAAUUAAAUGAUAAAUCAUUACACGAUGUCCUUGGUAAAGAUAUUAUUACAAUAACAGAGGAAAAUGGCGAUGAGGGUGAUAACGGUAUUGAUACAAACAAAAGUGAAAAGAAAACGAUUACAGAGUUAUUUACGAACUUUGGUGCUGUUUUACAGAAUCUCGUUGAUAAAGCUAAUGAUAAUGAAGCACCAACUCCUAAAAAUAAUUCAAAGGAUGAUAAAAGUGAUUCAGACAAAGAAACUUAUGAAGAUAUAGCAAAUUCCUUAGAAAUUCACAAUAAACGGCUCAAAAAUAAAGGUAUUCAACGACUAGUUAAUCUGGUUAAAGAUCUCAAGGCAAACUCGAAGGAACUAAAAUAAAAGAAAAUAAAAAGAAACAUAAUAAGGACAAGAAACACCAAUCUCGUUUCCAUAUUAAGGAUAGGAAUGGAAAACACAGACACAAACAGAAAAAUAUCUUCGUUUGACCACCGAGAUAUAAAUUAUCCAAAUUUUCAUGUCCUUGAUAAGAAGCAUGAAAAAUCAAUUUCUCAUGAUUAUUUGGAGACACAUAUCAACAGUCUGAAAAAAUUAGUAAAUAGAAACGAUGCAAGCUUACUAAAUUAUGACUGGCUUGGCACCACUGUUCUUAUUCGAGCUGGUUUGGAAAAAUUACAAAAUAUGACGGAAAGGAAACUAAAAGGCAAAAGACUACAUCCAUUAGACGCCAAGCUUCUAGAAUUCGUCAUAGACCUCUACGAAACAGCUAAAAAAACAAUCGCACUUCAAACAAAAGAGUACCAAUCCCGAAGACGAGCAAAGUUAAAUGGGGAUAGGAGAAAAAAAGUUUCCGUCUUACCUAAAACUAAGAAAGGGAAGAAAAUCAACACUCUUCAGAGAAUGUAUGUUGAACUGAAUAAAGCUAGGGCAGUGUCCAGAUCAAGGAGCGAUGUUGAGGAUUUUAAAGAAGCAUUAGAUUGUCUCAAUAUGUGUUUGAAUGAUCUCCACACGGCCAUAAAACAAAUAUCAACUAUCACUACAUACAAAGAACAGCGUUGGUUUCAAAACAUCAAACAGCUAUACCUGGAAACGGAUAAAGAAUAUCUAGAAGUAUUUCUACAUCUAGUAAUGGCACGGUUGAUGAGUCUCAUAGAAGAAAGAGCUAAGAAAAUGACAGAAGAUGAUAAUUUGAUGAGAGAUAAAGCGGCCGUGGACAGGAUAGAAGUAGAAGUUGUUCUGGCGAUGAGGAUCUGUAUGAAGUUGGAGGGAAUAAGGGCGUUAAAGUAAUAAAAAUAACAUGGAAUAUUUUACGACGAGGCUUCGUUAAGACAGUAUUUGUUAUGGAGAUUAUGCAAUAAAAGUAAGCAGUUUAAAAA